UUUGGUGUUCAAAAAGUGCGCGCCUUUGAAGCAAAUAGAAAUACACUCACGCUCACCUCCUAACAAGGAUAAAGAUAGUUAUCAUUUGUAAUUUGUUUCUUGAAUAGUUAAGUCCUGGUUUGUUUUUUUUGCGUUCUGUAGUAUUGUUGUGCCAAAAAAUAAAAAAACAUGAAGCGUCAUGAAAGAGAAAAUGUCCUGGUAGCAGACAAGGAGAAUAUGGCCGACAACAAACGUAAACGAUCGUCGGAAGUUGUUAAUCCGUCAGCCAAAAAACAACGAUUAUCAUCGAUCGAUAGCACCGAUGAAAUGGAUCGUAGCCAACGUUUGGAAUACCUGUUGCAAAAGAGUGAAGCACUCUCAAAUUUCGUGUCUGCCAAAUCAAACAAUAACAACACGGCGAACGCACCCCCAAAAAAGCCAACAAAAAAACCUAAAACAAAUAAUAAAAAAACUGCCGAAGAUAUUCAAAAUAAUAACAAUGGACCCAUUCGUUUCGACUCAUCGCCCAGCUAUAUUAAGGGUCAAAUGCGUGACUAUCAAAUUGCCGGUUUAAAUUGGAUGAUAUCGUUACACGAAAAUAACGUGGCUGGCAUUUUGGCCGAUGAAAUGGGUCUGGGAAAGACACUUCAAACCAUAUCACUGUUGGGCUAUUUGAAGCACUAUUGCAAUGAGGCUGGUCCCCAUAUGAUAAUUGCCCCUAAAUCGACCUUACAAAACUGGAUGAACGAAUUCAAGAAAUGGUGUCCAACGAUUAAGGCGAUUUGUCUUAUUGGCGCCAAGGAGGAGCGUAAGGAAUUUAAGAGCAACGUUUUUCUAAAAAUGGAUUGGGAUGUUUGCGUUACAUCGUACGAAAUGAUUCUGUGUGAAAAGGCAUUUUUGCGAAGAGUCCAAUGGCGGUACAUGAUCAUUGAUGAGGCACAUCGCAUUAAGAAUGAAGAGACAGUGUUGUCCAAAUACAUACGACUAUUCAGUAUUACAAAUAGGCUCUUGCUAACCGGCACACCGGUGCAUAACAAUUUACAUGAGCUGUGGGCAAUGCUGAAUUUUAUGCUACCCGAUAUUUUCAAUAGUGCUGAUGAUUUUGAUCAAUGGUUCAACACCGAUGCCUGUUUGGAUGAUGCAUCGAUGGUAAAGAGAUUACAUGCCAUAUUGGAACCUUUCCUUUUGAGACGUCUGAAGGUGGAUGUCGAAAAAACUCUAAAGCCAAAAAAGGUGACAAAAAUAUACGUUGGCAUGACAAAAAUGCAAAACGAAUGGUACAAGAAAAUUCUCGCUAAAAAUGUUACACAGCCUAACAACAUUGAUGGCACUGAGAAGAAAGUAACGCUGUUUAAUACCCUGAUGCAAUUGCGCAAAGUUACAAAUCAUCCGUAUUUAUUUGCGGGUGCCGAACCAGGACCACCAUUCAGCACCGACAGGCACAUUGUUGAUAAUAGUGGAAAAAUGAUGGCCUUGGACAAGCUGUUGCCCAAAUUGCGGGACCAGGGUUCAAGAGUUUUAAUUUUCUCACAAUUCACCACCAUGUUGGAUAUUUUGGAAGAUUAUUGCACCUGGCGUUCAUUUCCCCAUUGUCGAUUGGAUGGAGACACACGACACGAGGAGCGUGAUCAACUAAUACAGCAGUACAAUGCCAAAAAUUCCAAAUUAUUUAUUUUCAUGCUUUCCACCAGGGCCGGUGGCUUGGGUAUUAAUUUAACCACUGCCGAUGUGGUCAUAUUCUAUGAUUCCGAUUUAAAUCCUCAAAUGGAUCUACAGGCCAUGGAUCGUUCGCAUCGCAUUGGCCAAACGAAAAAAGUGCGCGUGUUUCGUUUGAUUACGGAAAACACCGUGGAGGAGAGAAUCAAUCAGCUGGCUGAAAAGAAACUGGAAUUGGAUAAAACGGUCAUACAAAAGGGCAGAAAUCCCUUUGUAUUGAGCAAAGAUGUUAUUUUGAAUAUAAUACGAUCGGAAAUGUUGGCGGAAAGAAAAGAUUUUGUUUUGUCAGAAGAAGAGAUAGAUGCUGUGGUGGCGCGGGACGAUGAUGAUGAUGAUGAGAAUAAUAAUAAUAAUGAAAAACCUUGAAGGCAUAGAGGAUUUUUUAAGAUAUGAUAUUAAACAUUUGUUGCAGGUUUUGCAAUUAAGUGAGCGAGUGAGAGGAAGAAAAUUUUCAGUUUAGAUUUAAAGUUGUAUUAAAAAAAUUAUCACAUUAUUGCAUUGCAUUUAAAAAACAUAAGAAUCUAAUGAUCUGUUUUUCUAUAACGUCACCAAAGUGAGUUCGAAAGACAAACACCCAUUCCUUGCAUGUUUUUGUUCAUACAAAAAAAAAAACAUUGUUGGAAUUGGUGUUUUUCUUUCAUAUACAAAUUCCUAUCAUCAUAGAAAAACGAUUCUAAAUUAAUUUGAAAAUAUAUUUAUUUUAGUUUUCAUCAUUAGAAAUACAUGACAUUUUUUGACCCUUUUCGAAAACUAUAAAAAUAUAAGCAUCUGCUUUAGAAAAUUUUAUGUGACACCAGAAACGUAUAUUUUUAAAAAAAACAUUCAGAUACAUCGCUAGUACCACUAUAUAAAUGUUUUUUUUUUUUUGUUCAUUCCGUUUAUUGCACCGACCAUAAUCUGACUUGACCAUGUUUUAUGCUAUAUAUUUUUUAUUUCCCCAUUAUUAAAGUUUUCAUAUUGAAUAAAUUAUGACAAAAUGAUGACUAUCUUCACGUAAUAACUACCUCAUAACAGGACCAAGAACUAUGAAUACCAGACAUUUAUGUAUUUCAUUUAUGUAAACGUGUAAAAUACCUAAACUAUGUUAAGUUUCUUUUUGUUUUGUUUCUUCUCUCAAUAUUUAUUUUUGUUUAUGAAAGAGGUUACAAUCACAAUUUACGUUUUGUUUUAAGGAAUCAGUAUUAUAACGAAAUAAAUGUUUUGUGUUCAAAUUGAUAUGAUUUUAUAAAAUAUAA